AUGACUAAUCGAAGUACCGUGUUUAUCUUAGUUCAUUUCCGGUAUAACAGUCCAAUGUCUGAUGGGGUUUCAGAGCAAGUGAAAAAGUUUGUUUUCAAAUCAGUUAACAAUAGAGCGAGUGAAAACGAGAUAGAGACGCUAGAAAUACUGAUACCAGAGCAACUUCAAGCAGGUUACAGUUUCUACACGUGGCCAUCAGCACCGGUACUUGCGUGGUUCUUGUGGGAACAUCGACGUGAACUGCCAGGAAAACAUAUACUGGAACUUGGUUCGGGCACCGCGCUUCCAGGGAUUGUCGCUGCAAAGUGUGGUGCUGCUGUAACAUUAACGGAUAAUGCUUGUCUACCGAAGAGCUUGCAACACGUGAAACGGUGUUGUGAAAUAAAUGGACUCCAACCAAACCAGGCAAGAGUCAUUGGUCUGACUUGGGGACUUUUCCUAUCAAGUAUAUUUAGCCUUGGUCAGGUAGAUCUCAUUUUGGGAUCAGAUUGUUUCUAUGAACCAGGUGUUUUUGAAGACAUUAUCGUAAGCGUUGCGUUCUUAUUGGAAAAGAAUCCACACGCAAAAUUUUUAUGCACUUAUCAGGAACGCAGUGCUGACUGGUGCAUAGAACAUUUGUUGCACAAGUGGAGACUGCAGUGCGAACAUAUCCCCUUAAACAACUUGGGCACAGAAUCAGGAAUAGACACUAGUGAAUUAAUGCAAGAUCACACUAUCCAUCUCUUAGAAAUAACAAGAGCUUGAUUUGUAUAAUAGGCAGUUAAUAAUGGCAGCACGAGCUGCAUAUAAAAUAUUUGUUGGAAACCUACCUUGGACUAUUGGACAUCGUGAACUGAGGAUGUAUUUUUCUGAGUUUGGUCCUGUUGCCUCAGCAGUCGUUGUUUUUGACAAAAACACUGGCUUAUCAAGAGGCUAUGGUUUUGUUGUGCUUGGUAAUAAAUCAGGUUUUAACAAGGUCACCAAUAAACAGACUCAUGUUUUAGAAGGAAAUCAAAUAACAGUUCAAGUUGCAUCACACUGACAACAAUAAUAUUUGGUGAUUAUAGUCAUUUGUAGUCAGUUACCAGUUUUUGUAGUAUUUGUAACAGUAUGGAUGAUACUGAUGAGCUUGUAGAAAAAUUUACAAAAGCAGCAAAGUAUGCUAAAGAGAUUUGUGCGGAAUUUGACAGUAAUGAACUUCUGGAACUGUAUGGUUACUAUAAACAAGCUACAGAAGGACCUUGCCAAACAUCGAAGCCCAGUUGGUUUGACUUAACAGCUAAACAGAAAUGGGAAUCAUGGAGACGCCUAAAGGAUAUGGACCGUGAGACUGCUAUGAUAAAAUAUGUUAAAAUAAUAUCUGAAGUGGAUCCUGUUUGGGAGGAACGAUUUACAGAAAGACCUGCUGGCAGUGGUGCAGGAUGGGUGGCAGUAAGCUGCAUGACAAAUACUGAUGAGUACUUACCAGACACAGAGAAAACAGUAUUUGACUGGGUGAAAGAAGGUAAUGUUCAGAAGGUCAUUGAUGCCUCUAGGAGCUUCAGUUCACUUGAAAUGAUUAAUAAGCAAGAUGAAGGUGGGAUGGCAUUACUUCAUUGGGCUGCUGACAGAGGAAAUAUGGAAAUGGUAGACUGUCUAGUUGAGAAACUGAAAGCUGAUGUGAAUUUAAAAGAUGCUGAUGGCCAAACUGCUUUGCACUAUGCUGCAGCCUGUGGACAUGUUAACGUUACUAAAUUUUUAGUUCAACAUGGUGGAGACCCCAAUAUUGCUGAUCUUGAUGGGACACUCCCAAAAGAUAUCGCUGCUGACAAUGAAAUAUUGAAGGCUCUGACAAUAGCAAACUGAUAUUGUUUCAUGUAGGCCUAUGAGUAUUUGACAUCAUGAUUAUUCUUGCAUUGAUAAUGAAGUUAAUUGAUCUUUUCCCUUCAUUUGCUUAGCUGAUAAAUCCUUGAAGUAUAAUAUGUUGUAAAUAAGUGCUCCAUCAUUUAAAACAAGACAGUAAAUUUGAAAUAAGUCAUUAAAUUCUAUUUGAGUUUCUAUUA